AUGACAUUACUUUCAUUUGUAGGUUCUGCCUUACUUCAAUGGGUUCACUUGGAUCUGGAGCUUCUCCCUCUGCUCGACCUGUCAGAACUUGAGGCUGCAACAACUCAUGCUGAUGGUUCUUCACCUUACUGGUAUCAAUUAAUUGGAGGUACUCCUGGUGCUGUGACAGUUAAGGAACUUCUUGCCCGUCUUAAACAGGAGCCUACUAUGGCCAGUUGGCGUAAAUUCAGGAUUUGUCUGCUGUUUGCUUUCAAGUAUAUCCCGUUGCUGCUUAAGUACUUGCCUCAUGCUGGAGAAGAGUUUAAUUUCCUUGACCAAGUCAUUCCUCGUCUUCCUAAGUGCAAGUCAUACCAUUCAUCAAACAUUCUGCAUGUAGAAUAUUCACGACAACUUUUUGUUUUGCCUCCAGCAUCAGGUGAUGCUGCAUUUCUCGCGUCUCCGCAUUGCGACCCAAAGGUUAAACAGUUAGAGGGCCUUAUUGCAUCAACUUUUAACUUCGAUAAAUCUAUUUGGCCUGGUGGUGAUAGCUCUCUACCAUCCCUAAGGUCUUCCCGAAAGCGUAAAUGCAACCAUUGCCAGUCUGAUAGCUCAAGUUCUGCUGAAGAGCCAGAUGCCAAAAAGGUUACGCGGGAUCUGCGGUCUCGUUCUAAGUCGAAGGCUAAACGCUCUCAGACACUGUCUCAAAAAAAUGUCAAAUCUUUGAAAGCAUCUCUUAUUGUUGAAGUUCGCGAGCUUAUUGACAAAACUCUCCAUGAUAAUACAGUUGUGUCAGCGACUGUUAAUGUUACUUCUCCUGUUAAUCCUGCAUCUUCUUUGCCUCGGCGUGUCACACGCUCUGCUUCUACUGCCAUGUCUGUAGAAUCAGUUGCUAACUGUUCUACUGCGCGGAAAGAAAGCUCCGUUGCUUCUGCUAAACUUUCAGCUUCGGCUCACACUUUAACUGAGUCAGCCCAUAAUGCGCUCCCUUCUCCCAUUAGAAGUCCCUCUUUAUCAAAUGUUUCCUCUCAAGGUUGUACUGGCUUUCGCAACUGCCCCACUGGUGCCCCUCCUAAUGUGGUAAGGAUUACCUUGGUUCUCUUUUCCAAUGCUUUUUUUAAUUGCUUGUACUAAUUCUUUUUUUUCCUCAUCUAGCCUGCUUCUCCUGCCGUCAGUGGUAGCCAUGCCCCUGCUGUUAUUCCCUCUCCGGCAACUUAUCCCGUUUCAUCUUUGUGUCCAGACAAUAUAGUGUUUACUGAGAAAGCUUUGCGCUGCCCAUCUUUGCUUCAUGAAGCAAAGAAGUUAACCCUCAAAUCCUC